UAUAUAUUGUCUGUUUGUAUUGUUUCUUUUUCUGAACUGUCGUUUCAGGAAAAUGAUCUCCAUAACUUUCAGUUUGAUUGGGAUUUGAUGUCUUGGGACUCAGACCUUUGGAAUAUCACAGGUCAUGCUUGUGCAGAUGAAGGCGUGAAGUCAGAACCCUUGUCACCAGCCACGUCAAACUGUUCUGUCCCUUCUCCUCCGUCUGUGGACUCUCCAAUGCAGAAUGUGCCCGAUGAUGUGGACUUCAGCAGUAGCUCCGAGAUGUCUCCCAUCUCUCUCUACAGCAAGAGCUGCAGAAGCCCUCCAUCCCCUGAAGGAGAUGAGGAGAAGAAGCCUCCUGUCAGCAUCACUUAUCGGUCUGCAAAUAAUUCUGCGAGGACUCUGAAGAGAUGUGGUCAGACAGCAUCCAGGCCUUUGAUACAACCCAAACCACUUUUGCCUGCUGCACCUGAAGCUCAGGCUAACAUUGUCAUCCCAGCUAAAACCAUCAUUAUUCAGACUCUGCCCACACUUGUGCCACUGCAAAAGCAACAGCCAGUGGUUAACAUCCAGCCAGCACCUCCUAAAGGUCAAUCAGUGGUGCUCCCUCAGCCCACUGUGGUACAGCUCCAGGCUUCCGGGGUGCUUCCUGCCUCCCAGCCAGUCAUUGCUGUCACCGGAGGGAACACACCACUUCACAACCACACGGUGAACACUUUGCCUUCAGCUGCUGGAAAUGCCCCAACAAGUGGCAAAAUACCGGUGACUAAGCCCUUGCUUCAGAGCACCACACCAGCAGUGGGGCUGGAUGUCAAUGUCCUGAGAAGGCAGCAGCGCAUGAUCAAGAACCGCGAGUCAGCCUUCCAGUCACGGAAGAAAAAGAAAGAGUACAUGUUGGGUCUGGAGGCAAGGCUAGAGGCAGCCUUACUGGAGAAUGAGAAACUCAAGAAAGAAAACAGCACACUGAAGAGGCAGCUGGAUGAAGUGGUAUUGGAGAACCAGAAGCUCAAAGUAUCAUCUCCAAAGAGAAGGACCCUGUGUGUGAUGGUGAUACUGGCUUUCAUAAUGUUGAAUUAUGGUCCAUUAAGUGUAUUUGAAAAAGAUCCCAAUGGAGUUGAUUCCACUGCGAGUUCCAGCCACCGAACCAGAAAUCUUCUGGAGUUCUCAGCUAGCCAGGAGGCCAGCACAGCUCAGAAAAUACCUGGGGACAUUAUUCCUGAAAACAGUAAUAGGGUUGAUCGUUCUGUGUCUGACAACAAAGCACUGAUGAUAGUCUCAGAGGAGCCACUGUUAUAUAUUUCACCACCCCCACCCCCCUGUCAGCCUCUGAUCAACCGGACAGAGUCACUCAGGCUGAAUCAUGAGCUUCGAGGAUGGGUUCAUAGACAUGAAGUGGAACGAACAAGAUCUAGAAGGCGGUCAAACAACCAUCAGCAAAAAGCACGGGUUAUGCAGAGCUCCCUCAGUAAGAAGGCAGAUUCUCAGCUAAUGGCCAUGCCUUACACAGACACCAGCCUCAGAAGGAACUCAGGGAAUGAGCUACAAGUGUAUUAUGCCUCUCCGAGGAGCUAUCAAGACUUUUUUGAAGCUCUUCACAGAAAGGAAGAUACGUUCUACGUGGUGUCAUUUCGCAGAGUAAGUGUAGUAGUUGUUCAGUACUGGCCUUUUAUGUGUACCC